GUGUGUGUGUGUGUGUGUCGGCACCCAGAGCAACCCAGGGUGGUAGUGUACUCUCAUUAGGGUAAUUUCCCUCUGUUUACCCAAUUCAAAGCAGCUUUUUGGGAGCUGCAGAUAGAAGGGGAGAUCAACAUGAGGAGGAGGAGGAGACAAUCUGGAUGGGAAGGAGCAGCUCUCUCCGCUGCAGAGAGCACACACAGCUGAGGAGCAGACUGGGAGCCUUACCUCUCCUCGGAGAUGAAAAACAUUCAUAUCAGCCACUGAACAGUCGGACUGCGCUCGAUGCCGCCAUGUAUUUUGGUAACGCGUGUCACAGCGCUCUGCAGCCGCUGGCUCGUCCCACGCUGGGCCGGAACCAGCCCUCCCCGGACCCCAAAGCCCUCAUCCCCUUCCACCUGCUGCCCGGAUUCCCUGACGUGGAUCACAUCCACAAAGCUCUGUGUGGCCCAGCUUUGGGGCUAACGUCGCCCCUGAAGAGGAAGGCCAGUUCCUGCGGCGUCUGUCGAGAGAGGGUCAAUUCUGAGGCCCAGACCUCUUCCCGUUAUAGUGGCACAAGGCAGGUGAAGAUGAUGAAAGCUCUGGACCCCCCAGACUCAAAGAUCCAGACCCCUGAACCGGUCACCAAGGAAACCACGUCGCAGAUCCUCCCAUCACCCCACUCGCAGUCCUCCAGCUCUGACACAACACCAGAAGCAUCAGCGUCAAUCCCUACCUCAGAGGCAGCAGCAUCAAACCGGGGCUCGUCCGAAUCACUGAAAGAGCCCUCCGUUAACUCCCUGCCAUCCAGUCCCGGCACAUCAGAGAAGGGGAUGCAGAAGGAUGGAGAGGGUCCGGAGACGGAGACAGAAGAGGAGAAAGCAAUACGUCUUCUGUACUGCUCCCUCUGCAAGGUGGCCGUGAACUCGGCCUCCCAGCUCCAGGCCCAUAACAGCGGUACCAAACACAAAACGAUGCUGGAGGCCAGAAGUGGAGACGGAGCCAUCAAGAGCUUCCCGAGAAGCGGGGUCAAAGCCAAGAUGGCCGCUCCAUCGGAGUCUGCGACCGGCCUCCAGAACAAAACCUUCCAUUGUGAGAUCUGUGACGUGCACGUGAACUCUGAGACUCAGCUCAAGCAGCACAUCAGCAGCCGGAGACACAAGGACCGGGCCGCAGGUAAACCGGCCAAGCCCAAGUUCAGCCCGUACACGUCCACGCAGCGUCACCACGGUCUCCAGGCAAUAAGGUUGACUUUACUCAAGAACCAGGAGCCGAACAAACCUCUGGCGGCUUCCCUCCUGCAGCGUCACGUGUCCGUGGCUGCUGCCUUGGCGUCAUUGCCCCAUUUCUCCCUUCAGCCUGCCACGAACUCCAGCCCCGCCCUGUUUCACGCUCAGCCGCUCCCCCCGGCGCUGCUGCACCCGGGACCCGGACCCAUCUGCUCGCCACACACCUCGGUCCUGUUCUCGCCCUACUGACCCCGCCGGCGACCCGGUCGCCUGUGAACGGCGGCUGAAAGCAGACCCGCGGGAGAGCCCGUCCUCCACAUACCAGAGUGGAGCCUUUGUUGGGGCUGAAACCCCGAACACAAACCACAGACGAGAAGGAGAUCACUUGAAAGUGUGGCCGUGCCGGUGAACGCAGACAUGUAGCCGUCAGAGACGUCCAGAGUUGAUGCUAAACAGAUGCAGGAAGGAGCCUCGCUGAUCCUCGUCCAACCUCAUUGGUCCUGGUAACUGUGUGUGAGUUUUCUGCAGAUAUUUACACGUAGUGGUGUGAAAAACUUUGGUUACCAGGGUCAAACUUUCUUUACCUGAAAUAUUUCUUCAAUAUGUUGUUUACAUCUUUUACAAAGUGAAUCUACCCACUCCACCUUGUGCUAAGGCCUUGACUGAGUUUCUUGUGUUUAUUUCAACCUUUUUGGCAUUUUUCGUACAUUUAUGAAUGUUCUUCUUUUUUUUUAAUGUAAUUUGUCGCUACCGCAGCCUUUCAGUUCUUGUUUUGGAGGUUUGCACCGGGUCACCGAAUCACCAUGACCUCUGCGUACUUAAUGAAUGCUGUUUCCUUGAUUACGGCCUGAACUGAGAAGACGGUGGGACUAACGAUGCUUUGCUCGCUUCUCCUAACCUUCAGCACCCUUGUGGACAUCAGUUAAUAAGAUUAAUUAUCAGAGUACAAGAUAUCCGCUCCGGCCGGCCUGUGACUGAUUAUCGUUGGAAGGAAAUCUUCACGUUUGCAUCACCAAGGCGUCCAUGAUUAUCAUUGCGAACAAGCCAAAGCAUCAACGGCUCAUUGGGGUUUGAGACCUUAACUAAUCAGGCUAAUUAAGGUAGAGCGCUCACAUCCAGCGGGAUUCCUUCCCCUCUCGUUUAAAACAUGCUAAUCUUGCUUAAAAUGCUGGGAGUAAAAUUCACCCCUUAAGUGUUUGAUGUUUGUUCAUCCUCUGCUCACGGCGACGGAGGGUUUGACCACGGGGGCCAAUUUAGCAUGCCACUCUAAGUACGAAUGUCAUUAGCAGCUUGAUUAUUUUCCAAUAAACACUUG